GUCGCAACGGAUCAGACCAAUCCUCUGUAUCCCACACCAACGCCCGGAACUACAAGUUUUGCCCAAGGCGUAAACAUCAUUGCACUUCCUAUUUUUCUAUCUAGUGUAUACAUCGUUGCACUAGGAAGAGCAUGUCGUCCACACCUCCAUUUUCAGGGACGGAAAACUCUCAUAAGCGUGUAUCGAGCCGCUCCAAUCCUGGAUUUCUUGAGCGCCUGGGGGAAACGGCGGGGGGGACGGUGCUGGGAGUCGGCCUGUUCUUUGCAUCUUUUUACGUUCUCUUUACCAAUGAGGGAAGGGCGCUAAAGACCGCAUCUUCACUGGACGAAGGUCUUUCUCUGGUGGUGUCCCUGAACCCGUUCUCUAAUGUUGACUACCAGAAUAACGACAACUUGGUUCACCUCUCCGCCAAAUUACGGACCUUGCAGCCCUUGCAUGACCCAAACUACAGAGUGGUGGUGCAGGCGGUGCAGCUGAAGAGACAGGUGGAGAUGUAUCAGUGGGUGGAGUCCCAUGACAGCAGGGACUACCAAGAGAAUGGAGAGACCAAAACAGAGACAACAUACAACUACAAUACAGAAUGGAAAUCUGAGUUGAUCAACAGCAGGCACUUCGAUAAGGAAAUAGGUCAUGAGAACCCAAGUGCCAUGGCGGUUGAAAGUGUGACUGUAGUGGCUCCUGAAGUCAGGGUUGGCCCAUUUCUUCUGUCUAAAGGACUUGUGGAGCAAAUCAAUAACUUCCAGACUCUGCGGCUGAAAGAUUUCCCGCCCUUCGAACCUGGCUCCUUUCUCACCAUCUAUGAGGACUAUUUCUACCACACCCCAUACCCACGUAGACCAGAGGUAGGAGAUGUGAGGGUGAGCUUCUCCUAUGCAGGCCUCAGUGGGGAAGGGUUUUAUCCUGCUCCCGCUGAGACGGUCAGUGUGGUAGCAAUGCAGAGCGGAGAGAAUCUGAAGUCCUAUAAGACCGGGUCAGGAGACCGACUUGAGUUUCUCUACCUAGAGGAACUCUCAGCACAGGAAGUAUUCGAGAAGGAGCACCAGUCCAAUGCCAUGAGGACUUGGGGGCUCAGGUUUGCUGGCUGGGCUCUUAUGUUCCUUGGUAUCAGUUUGACCACACGCAUUCUUUACACACUGGUGGAUUGGCUCCCUGUUGUCAGAGAGCUAGUUUCCUUGGGGCUGAAACUGUUCGCCUUCUGCAUCUCCUGCUCGCUCUCCCUUCUCGUCAUUGCAAGUGGUUGGCUGUUCUACCGGCCCUUAGUAGCUCUGGGUCUGGUAGCGGUAGCCCUCCUUCCCGUGCUCAUUGGCCGCGCUCGCGCUCCAGCCAAGAAGAACCAAUGACAUUCAGGCUCAUGUUUUUUGUCCGCUUUUCAUUCUGUAACCUCGUCAAAAAUGUUUUGUGGCGUUGACUUGCGUCCGGGGAUUUAGACUGAUUGUGCUUUAGAUUGUUUUAGUUAAUUCUGUAUGUUUGUCUCAAUUCGAUAAAAUGUAUGAUGGGUACUUUACUGAAUACUUUAAAUGUUUGCCAAUCAAGCCAAAAUGAAUUUGUAUGUACGGUGUUAAAUGUUACACGGUCGACAAGUUGAACUUUAUUCUGCACUUAUUACUUUUCCUGACUAAAUGCAUGUGCCUUUUUGCAUUGCAAAUGUUUGCUUGCAGGAUUUAAAUAAAAUAUAUAUUUUUACUUCUCAUUGUGUGUAAAUCCAGCCAAAGAAUAAACUCUUAAAACACAUUAAGCAUUCAUUCAA